AUGCGGACCUCAGUCCUCAGUCUGCAUGGUGUUGAGCGGGGUGGCUACAAGCUGCAGGUCCUGGACAGUCUGCAGAGGCCUGUGCUCGACCUCACGCCCGUCACCAAGGACUCCGAGUUCGUCAGGACCGACGUGACCGCGCAGUCGUAUGGCGUGCAGCUGCCGACCGACUUCGUGUGCAACGACUGCUCGCUGCGGCUCCUGCGCCAGGCCGACGAGUGGUCCAACAACUACCGCUUCUGGUCCUGCGCUGACGUGGACAUCCGGCCAGCCAAGGAGUUCAAGGAGGACUGCUCGGGCCACGGCCGCUACUUGCUGGGCAAGUGCCGGUGCGACCGCCUGUACUACGGGCCGCGGUGCCAGUUCCGGGACGAGUGCAUCGACAGCACCGACUGCGGCGACCGCGGCCGCUGCGUGGACGUGCAGGCCACGAGCGCGCCGCGGAAACAGUGCUACUGCGAGCUGGGCUGGUUCGGCCCCGCCUGCACCAAGCGCUCGCCCGUGCGCAGCACCGACCUGGACCUGGAGGCGUACACGCGCCGCGACCUGAGCGACAGCUUCCGCGUGUUCUGGCGCAUCUUGCACGACGAGCAGGAGAUCGAGGUGGUGAUGCAGGUGAACGGCACGAGCUACGCGGGGCUGGGGUGGCGCCCGCGCUCGCUCACGGACGCCUGCCGGAACUUCCCCUUCCUGGAGGACCCCGCCGGCGCGGCGGCCGCCGCCCCCGGCGCCGCGCAGCAGCCCAAGAGCGAGCCCGAGCCCGGCGCGGAGCCCGCGGCCGAGCCGGAGGCCAAGCCCGAGCCCAGCAGCGAGCCCGAGCCCGAGGGCACGGCCGAGCCCAGCAGCGAGCCCGAACCCAAGAGCGAGCCCGAGCCCAAGAGCGAGCCCGAGCCCACCGGCGAGCCGGAGCCCAAGAGCGAGCCCGAGCCCACGAGUGAGCCGGAGCCCAAGAGCGAGCCCGAGCCGGCCGCGCCCAAGAAGGGCAAGAACGUGUCCUCGCGGGCGACGCGCGGCCACGCCCCGGCUCACAACGCCGAGCUCCUGGCCGACGCCACGGUCGAGACGAGCGUUUCCUUCCGCGUCAGCUCUACUUCCAAGCACAGUAGCCGGAGGUCCAGGCGAGAGGCUGCUGAGGGAGCCCCCGCCCCGGAGCCCAGCGCUGAACCCGAACCCUCGUCUGAACCAGAACCAACGUCUGAACCCGAGCCAAAAUCAGAACCCGAACCAACCUCUGAACCUGAACCGAAAUCUGAACCUGAACCUAAGUCUGAACCAGAACCUACGUCAGAACCCGAACCCUCUUCUGAACCCGAGCCUAAGUCUGAGCCUGAGCCGAAAUCUGAGCCAGAGCCAAGUUCUGAACCUGAACCUAAAUCUGAGCCCGAACCAAAAUCCGAGCCUGAGCCAAGUUCUGAACCAGAGCCGAAGUCUGAGCCUGAGCCUAAAUCUGAGCCCGAACCGAAGUCUGAGCCUGAACCAAACUCAGAGCCGGAACCAAAGUCUGAGCCUGAACCAAAGUCUGAGCCUGAACCCAAAUCUGAGCCGGAACCCAAAUCUGAGCCUGAACCAAAGUCUGAGCCU